AUGAGGAUAUUGGCAGUGUUAUGGACGGUAUCUCUAGUAGGACUCUGUCAUGGUGUAGGCUAUUUCUCAAAGUGUCUUAGAAGUGACACUACUCUUGAUAUUCUCGAUUUUUCAAAACCUGACCCAUCAAUCUGCAGAGCUGUUGAAACGAACGUUGGUGGAAUUCCUGCAGUAGUGUACCUCCUAAAGUCUAAAAAAGUUAAUAAAAUUGUGAAUGGAGACGAGGGUGUAUGGAAGGGUACAUAUGAAGAUAAAUGUUUCUACUGCAUUGCAUUCCUUAAGGACAAUGAACCACAUAUAGUAGUUAUUGGUGCAAAGUCCCCCGUGCGGAAAAGCUUGGAAUGCUACAAGUACAAGGACAAAACCGGAUGUUGUGGUAGAGGUGGGCCAGGCUGGAGCAGUACAAGUAGCUACAUCAAGGAAGUCAAUGCAUUAAAGGUUGGCUCUAAUGCGUCUGCCAACUUUACUCUGGAUCUAUCUUCUCUCGAGGAAGAUGGUGAAAGAUUUAAGCUUGUUAAGGAAGAAAAGAAUGGUGUUACUACUCUCUUCUUUUCCACUAAACCUGGGCAUCUUAUAGAAAGAAUCGUAGAUGGAAAUUUGGAAGUAUGGACUGCCAGUGAUAAUCAAGUUUGCUAUCUCUGUGAAUACUACCCAAAGAGCGCUUCCGGAAAGGUCAAGCUGCAUGUUAGGAAAAACAAAGACUCGUUUUCGUUUACUAGCUUUGAGAAAACCGAUGGCGAGUGGAAGAAAAAGUAG